UUUUUUUUUUUCUUCGUUCUCCUCUUUUCUUCUUCUUUUUUCUUUUCACUUCGAAAAAAAAAAGAGUUUAUUUUCUGUCUUAUAAACAGUUUUGUUUUUUUUGAUAUAUAUAUAUAUAUAUAUAUUAAAUAUCUCCUUCUUCUUCUUCUUCUUUCUCAUUGGUUUCGUGAAACCACCACGAUAUCACCGAUAGUCUUAUCUUCAUAUACAAUGUCAAAAUUACCCAAACCUCCUUUUGAAAGUAACUCUACACGAAAACGCAAUGUACAACCUUCAGCAUCAAAAUCUACUACUAGUUCUAUUUUUUCAACUACUGAACAGAAUGACGACCCAAGAAUAGGUGAUCGUGUAUUAGUGGAGGGAAGACAACUUUAUGGUACUUUACGUUUUCUUGGUCCUACUGAAUUCAAGACUGGAACUUGGGCUGGUAUAGAACUAGAUAAUAUUGGUACUGGUAAAAAUGAUGGAUCUGUUCAAGGUAUUUAUUAUUUUACUUGUGCUCCCAAUACUGGUAUUUUUGUCCUCUCUUCCAAGAUAGUCUUAGUUAGUCGAAAUUCACACAAUAUCAAUAAAAAGAAUUAUCGAAUCAAAUCAUCAUCAUCAUCACCAAUAUCACCAUCAUCAGCACCUAUAUUACCUUCUCAUUCAUCUACUCUACGAAAACAACAUAUCAACAUCAAAAAUAGUCAACGCACGGUCUUUGGUAGUACUGUCACACCAUCCUUUUCACUAGAGGAAUACGAGCACGUGGGCCAAGACUAUCAACAGCAACAACUUCAGAUGCAAUCAACGUCAUCAUCACGUAUUCUACAAAAUCAACAAAAGGAACAGCAACACGAUGUCGAUGACAAGAAUCGAUUACUGAUGGAACAAAAACAAAAAGAAAUUAUCGAUUAUCAAGUCAAUUUAGGACGGGAACAACACAGAGUAUAUGAAUUACGAAAAGAACGUGAACAUUUGUUACAACAGAUACAACAAAAGGAUCAACAAUUAUAUCAACAAAAUGAAAUCACUCAAAAAUGGCAUCAAGCUCAAGAUCAAAUAAAACAAUUGGAAGAAGAUAACCAUCAAAAAAAUACGACAAUAGAACGACUUGUCCAUGAACUGGAGCAAACUCGACAAUCACAACAACAAGAAACAUCAAAACUUUUGGAACAACAAAGUCAAUUGAUUCAAGAAUUACAGAGGGAACGAUUUCAGCAUGAUAAUGUCAAAUCGAAUAUGAAACACGUGGAACAAGCAUGUCAAAGUCUAAUGGAUCCUUUUGAUGUACGACCUGGAUUAUCACUUGUGGAUCAAUUAUUAGAAACACAACGUCAAAUGAAAGAUAUUUUGGAAAAAGUGCGGCAAGAUACGGAUCAAAAACAGAAACAGCAACGCGAGAUCAAUACAUUGCAUAGGGAUGUGGCUAAUUUGGAAUCUUUGAUCGAAACCAAGUUAUUUAAGGAAGCAGAUUUAAUGGAAACUUUGGAAUUGGAACGACAAUAUAAUCAACAAUUACAAGAUGAACUUAAACAAGUUAAACAACUACGACGACGCAAAGGAGGUAAAACCGGAAAAAUGAAUACAAGCAAAAAACAUCAUGCUUUAUCGGAUAGUAGUAUGACAUUGGGAUCGAUCGAUCCGAGGUGGACUAUUGGCAGUAACGAAACAAUGACAACUUACUCUUCUUCCCUAUCUGAUGACGACGAUUUACCUUCCUAUUGUGAAAUCUGUGAAACUGUAGGUCAUGAUCUGAUGUCGUGCUUACACGUUGUUAUGAAUGAUUCCGCUGACAAAAUCAAGUUCUCUGUUACUUCCCACAUGGUAAGUUAGGAUAUAAUAAUGGACCCUUUAUUGACUAUAUAACUCAUUUAUUUAAUUUUUUUUUUCAAUAGAAUUCUACUCCUAUUCUUCAACAUAAUAUACUCCCUUCUUUAUGAUAGAUAGAUGCUGUCAUCGGAUCAUCCUUUCUUAUAUUAUCCAUCUUUUUGUAUUUAGAUUUAUCUCCUUAUUUUGUUACAUAGUUUUCUUCUCCCCUUAUUCCUUUUUACCUACAUUUUACAUUUUUAUCAUACAUUCUAUUUUAUUUUUCAUUGUUCUCUAUUUUAUUUUAACUUAGUCUUAUACCUUCUUUUUUUUUUUAACUUAAACUUUCUCAUUGUGUCAUUAGUAUCAAAACUAUAAAUAAAAAAAAACCUCUCAUACUAUUAUUC